AUGUUGCAGAACAAUCUGGGUGAACUGCGACAGUCAGCUGCAGAAGAUAGUCGCAGAGUGGAGGAAGCAAGGCUCACUGCUGAGAAGAAAUGGUUCAAAGGUGUUCGCCCCGAGUGUCACCCUUCAGAGGAAGAUAUCAAUCAGAUGAAGGCCGUGUAUCAUUACAAUCUGGGAUUCAUCCACAUCGCAGUUGUUGGCUCUGCUGGAGCUGGCAAGUCGUCCUUCAUCAAUGCUGUCCGUGGCAUAUCUACAAAUCAUACCAUGGCCGCUCCUAUGGGAACCACCGAGAUCACUCGCACCGUCACGAGGUACCCUGAUCUGUGCCCGAACUCCCGGACAAUCUGGUAUGACGUUCCCGGGUCGGGCACUCUAGAGGUGUCAGACUGGAGGUACUUCAAUAACAUGGGCCUCUACAUCUUUGAUUGCAUCAUUGUGGUCAUAGACAAUCAUUUCUUGGAUUCCGACCUUGCCAUCCUCCGCACUUGUGAGCAGUUCAAGAACAUUGAGGCGUUCCUUGUUUGCUCCAAGUCAGACCAACACAUCAAAAAUAUGGUGUCCCAGAAGAUGGGUUUUGACCCUUGGGAUCCCGAUUCGGACAUGGACGACACAGCACGUUCUCUUUUCCGGCUGAUGAGAUUACAAGAACACCAGAGGUUCAUUGAUGAAACACACCAGAAUAUCCAAAUGAACCUUGAGAAGGCGAAGUUUCCUCCUAAGAAUGUCUACAUUGUUUGCAAUGACACCAUGCAUCAGACAGUGUGCACUGGCAAGACACACCCCACAAAGGCAAUCGACGAGGCAAAGCUUCUGGAUGAUGUCAAAGAAUUUACGUUGAAGCGUCUACAGUUGGGGUGUUCAAAGUAA